UCCUUGUGGUCAUAGGAGCUCUAGCUAACAACUUUUAUUAGCGAAGAUGUUUUGCCCAUAAGGAGACACUGCACAUUUCAUUUGUUUACGGUCAAUGGACACUACCCACCCAGUAUCCUUUUCAGCAAUGUGGUGGUGGUGAUGGUGGUGGUGGUGCAGGCAGCAUAGCAUUUGAACUGACAAAGAACUACACAUGGUUGGAUUGUUGGCUACAUCAUAUCUUUGCAGGCUAUUCAGAAAUGUAAUUGGAAUGCAUGCACACAGGCAUACUAUUUCCUUAUUAGGUCUGAAUUCCCCCAGACAGAACACAGUGCAACUUCACAUUGUCUACCAGUGCCAGGACCCAAUACAAAGCUGAGAGCAUAAUAUUGGGAGUAUUGUUCUGAUUAGGUUUCCCAAUGCAUUGCAUUCCCACACAUAUUAGAGAAAUAAUCCAUGCCACUCUUUCCAAAUCGAAGGAAAGUUCAGUUAAGCAGAUGAUUGGGCCCAAGGUCUACUACCACCACUGGCACUUUGUUUCUCUUCUAAGCCUUGCUAGAAGUUUCCUCAUUGUAGACUGGUGUUGAGCAAAUGAUUACAGACUAAGUUGCAUUUUCUAGCAUUAAGGGGUCGUUUUCACAUAGUGGGUCUCACGUGGCCCCUUCUUGAUCCUGCUUAACCCGUAAUCCUUCUCAGUCUACUUCAGACCCUCCACAAAUAUUCUCAGGUCCCUUAUUCACUUCCAGAGGCUGGAUUUUAUGAAAGGCAUCAUUGCUCCUCCAAAAGUAUACAUUAGUCGUCAGAUCUGUCUUAACUGGUCUAUCCUACUCUUCUUCCACCUGUUAUACAGUAGCCAUUUCUGUGCUUUUGCGACAUCAGGAGUUCUGUAUGGUCUUUCAUAUCAAAUUCAGACUCACACAGGAUGCCAGGGGAAAGUGCAAUGAUGAGGGUCUCCCAUUGAUGGAUCUUGGAACAAGAAAGAAUUGUCAAGGACAUAAAUCUGCAGUUGGACCAGUGUAGAAGACACUGCCUAGGAUCUCUACAAAUAUUCAAGUAUCCAAAUUUCCAUUUAAAGGAAAAACUAUUGAUCUCCAUUGAAACAUUCCCCUUGUGAACAAGGAAGAACCACCUGCCUUUCUGAACUCAUCAUUGCAUCAGUGACCACCUCCAUAUUUUCCUCCUCUCUUCCCGACACUGAGGUUCCUUCCAGAAGCUCACCCACAAUGGAUGAGAUCCGCCGGGUGUUCGGUUCGCCCAUAGGGCGCGUCCGCUCGGACAGCAUAGCCAGCUCUGCCACCCAGUCCUCGGGCAGCCGCUUGCUGCUGCGCCAGCGCCUCGCCCAGCUCAUGACCUGCGUGGACGACCUGGACCCCUCGCCCCAGCUCCAAGAGCAGGUGGUACGCAGCUUGGACAACGCCUUCCUCGUCUGUGGUAAAAGGGCCAACCGGACCAAGAAAGACAACUUCAGGCUUCACAUGGUCACGUGGAAUGUCGCUACAGCUGAUCCUCCAGAUGACAUCAGCUCCUUGCUUCACCUGAACUCCCCAAAGACCCCAGACCUCUACGUGAUUGGUCUCCAGGAGGUGUACGCUGCUCCUCACAGGUUCAUCAUAGACAUGGCCGUUGAGGACUCCUGGAGCCAUCUCUUCAUGUCCAGCCUGGCACCACGAGGCUACCUAAAGGUGUCCUCCAUCCGAAUGCAGGGCCUCCUGCUGCUGUUCUUCUCCAAACUGGCCCACGUUCCAUUCAUUAGAGACAUCCACGACACCUACACGCGCACAGGCAUCUUCGGCUACUGGGGAAAUAAAGGCGGGGUGUCCAUCCGCCUGUCUUUCUACGGCCACAUGCUCUGCUUCCUCAACUGUCACCUGGCGGCACACAUGCAGUACGCCUCGCAGCGCGUCGACGAGUUCGAGUACAUCCUGGACACGCAGACCUUCGGCCCCAAGAAGGCCCCCCACGUCCUCGACCACAAGCUGGUCUUUUGGUUUGGGGAUUUGAACUUCCGCAUCCAAGAUCACGGCAUGCAUUUUUUGCGCAACUGCAUCACCAGCCAUAAGUUGAACUUGCUGUGGAGCAAAGACCAGCUGACCAUGAUGAAGAAGAAGGAGGCUGUCCUGCAGGAGUUUGACGAGGGACCUCUGGACUUUCAACCGACGUACAAAUUCGACAGGUUCUCUGACCGCUAUGACAGCAGGUCCCGACGGACAUGGUUUGGUGUUCAUGGUAAGAUGCGUAAGCCGGCUUGGACAGACCGGAUCCUGUGGAGGGUGAAGCCUAAAGAGUCACCCCCAGAGGAGGAGAAGGACGAGGACAGGGACUCUGGUCUGGAUGAGAAGAACACCAAGCAGCAGGAGGAGGAGGAAGAGUUCCCUCUGAAACUCAAGCAGGAUUCAUACACCAGCAACAUGGAGUACGGCGUCAGCGACCACAAGCCUGUCAUCGGCAUCUUUACCUUGGAGUUGAGGAAGAUGUACGAGACGCCGUUGGUGCGCGUAUGUGCCGAGGGUGAAUGGAGCGCCGACAUUGACGCCAUGGUGAUCUACAGCCCCCUCCAGCCCUUCCCUUCUAGCGCCUGGGACUGGAUCGGCCUCUACAAGGUGGGAUUCAGGAGUGUUUCGGACUACAUUACCUACACCUGGGUGAAGGAUGAUGAGGUCUCGUUUAAUGACGAGCUCACCCAGGUCUAUGUGAGCAAGGAUGAGAUUCCGGUGCUGGGAGGGGAGUGUGUGCUCUGUUACUACUGCAGUACGCUCCAAUGCAUUGUGGGUAUUAGCUCACCCUUUAAGGUACAAGAGUCCAAAGUGGCCGUUGAGGAAGGUCUAGCACCGGAGAACAUCAACGGCCUUGACAAGGCCACAGCCAGUUAGGACCUGUGAGUGGACCAGACAUGCCCUCGAACACUCUCACACAGUCUGUCCGUCUAUGCUGUUACACACCUGCCCUUUUGACCUUUGGUUGCCUGUCUGCAAGCUGCGGUGCUGCUGGAGUCAUGGAAUGUUACUUAGAAAUGAUAGGCUAGUGCACUUUGAAUUUAAUGAAUCAUACUGUUUAGCUGUCUUGUUCGCUACUGCCAGUUGUGGUGGCAACAGUAACCUGUGUGUUUAUUUCUGUUCUGUUCAGAUGUUGUUUCCGCUUUUUAAAAUCAGCCGCAGAGAGAUAUUGGCAGUGUCGCUUUGAGAAAGCUUCAGUCUUAGUUUUGUUCAGUGUAUUUUUUGUUGUUGGUGUUUGUCUCUUUGGAUUCAUACAGAACACAUUGGACAUUGUCAGAUGUUCCAGGUAGCUUGUACAAAAGUUGAACAUUGACAUCAAAGUCGUGGCUGUUUCACUUGAACAUUUGACCAAUCAUCUAAUGAUAUCAUAAAUGCAUGAUUAUCUCAUAAUUGUUUUUAAAAUAAUGGUUUAUAUAUUUUUAUUUUCCCUUUGCAAACUUAGUCGUCUGUUAACAAAAACCCUUUGUGCUAUGCUAUUCCAUUUCAAUGCAAUUUCUAAUAGAGGAUAUGUUUGAGAAAUACAUUGAGUGCCAUAAUUCAUUGGACAGUGACCAUUUUUCUUUGUUAUUUUGGUUCUGUACUCUAGCACUUUGAGUUUGAAAGGAUACAAUGACCAUGAGGGUGAAGUGCAGACUGUCAGCUUUAAUUUGACACUACUAUACCUGUCGGAUUAACCGUUUAGAAAUUACAGCACCUUUUGUACAUGGUCCCCCCCAUUUUACUACAAGUAUUUGUUGAAUAAGGUUCACAGAUGUGUGUCGUUAGGCAGGUGUAUUCAUUUGUGUCGUUUGUGAAUGCAGGAGAGCAGUUGGUGAAAAGUAUUGACUCUAGACUUUGCUAUUGCCUUUGGAGGUUGUUGUUGGGGUGUGACAACAUGAGGAAGACAGCAGUGUCGAUGCAAAUGAGGCUGGCCGUCAUAAGGCUCAGAAAUGAAAAUCAAUCAAUAAGAAACAUUGCAAAAACCCUGGGCAUCCCCAAGUCAACAGUUUGGUUCAUCAUUAACAAGAAAAAAACAACCGGUGAACUCAAUUAUGUCAAAAGACCUGGUAGACUGAGGAAGACCACUGUAGUGGAUGACUGGAGAAUAGUCUCUAUGGUGAAGAAAACCCCCCUGACAACAGCCCAACAGAUCAGAAACACUCUCCUGGAUGCAGGUGUAGAUGUGUCAAAGUCUACCAUUCGUAGACUACACCAGCAGGACUACAGAGGGUACACUACAAGAUGCAAACCACUGAUAAACCUGAAGAACAGAAAGGCCAGAUUACCGUUAGCUAAAAAGCACCUAAAAGAGCCCCAAGAGUUCAGGAAAGAAGUUUUGUGGACAGAUGAGACAAAGAUUAACAUGUACCAGAGUGAUGGAAAGAGUUUUUUGGGGAAAAAGACCCAUGAUCCAAAGCAUACCACUUGAUCUGUGAAACAUGGUGGAGGGGGUGUUAUGGCUUGGGCCUGUAUGGCUGCCAGUGGAACAGGCUCACUUGUCUUCAUCGAUGAUGUGACUGCAGACAGAAGUAGAACAAUGAAUUCUGAGGUCUACAGAAAUAUUUUAUCUGCUCAGAUAAAAGCAAAUGCCUCCAAACUCAUUGGACGGCACUUCAUCAUGCAACAAGACAAUGACCCUGAACAUACUGCUAGAGCAACGAAUGGGUUAUUGAUGCCCAAAAAGUGGAGAAUCCUUGACUGGACGAGUCAAUCACCGGAUCUGAAUCCAAUUGAACGUGCAUUUUACAUGCUGAAGAGGAGACCGAAGGCAAUAAGUCCCCGAAACAAGCAGGAACUGAAGAUGGCUGCAGUACAGGCCUGGCAGAGCAUCACCAGGGAAGAUACCCAGCGUCUGGUGACGUCGAUGCGUCGCAGACUUCAAGCAGUCAUUGCAUGCAUAGGAUAUGCGACCAUAUAUUAACAACGAUGACUUUAUUCUACAUUAUGUUAAACUGUCCAAUGUUUUUGAUGCCUGAAAAUGGGGGGGACUAUGUAUUAAAGCUUCUAUAAUUUCUAAACGGUUCAUCCGAUAUGUAUGAAAAUACCCUCAAAUUAAAGCUGACAGUCUGCACUUCAGCCUCGUUGUCAUGGUAUCCUUUCAAACUCAAAAGUGCUAGAGUACAGAACCAAAAAUACAAAACAAUGGUCACUGUCCAAUGAUUUAUGGUGUUCAAUGUAUAUUGCACAAUUUGAUCUUGUUCAUAUUCAUGACCAUAUUCCCUUUUUAUAGAUGUGCAUAAAGGUUACUGGUUUAUGCAUAUUAUUAAAGUAAUUUUGGUUCUAGUCAGUGUGAUUGGGGAUAAAGUUAUUUAUGAAAAAGUGGAUUCAACAAGUGCCUCAAUGUUAACAACCUGUAGAUAACUGUUCAACGGAUGCUUUGGUACAAAACUAUGUCAUUCCUAUUUGAUUAUUUAUUGCUGCAUUUGAAAUGUAUGAAUAAUCAGUGUUCUUAUUCUUAAAACAUAUGCAGGUCUUGCUUGUACUGUACUCAUCAACAUUUCAUCUGUAGAACUUCUUGUACUUUUCUGCGACCAAUUUCAGCAUAAGCGAGGUCUGUUCAAAUGUAUUUUAUUCAUGUCUUUAAACGCUUGUACAUUUACUUGUAAAGAUUGUUCAGUAUAUUGAAAAUCAGGAGUGCUCUAUUUUCUCAGUAACAAAUGUGGUAAAUGAAUGAAUACAAAUGUUAUACUGUAACCCAUUUAAGGCUUAAAUGAAGUAAAACAUCUAAAUGAU